AUGUCGCAAACAAUAACACCAAAUAACGAUCUUUCGCUGGUCCCGUCGCUUGAAAAAGCGGUGGAGCUAUCCAGGAUCUCUGAUGCUUCAACCCCAUCUAACAAGGCUGCUUCUGAUGUAUACGAACUGGAAAAGCCGGAGGAGAUUCCGCUGGCAGAGAAACCGCUAAAAGAAUAUGCCACGGUUAUUAUCAUGUGUCUGAUGAUCGCUUUUGGUGGAUUUGUUUUUGGGUGGGAUACGGGUACGAUCUCAGGGUUUGUGAAUCACACGGAUUUCAUCUUAAGGUUUGGACAGUACAAUCCAAAUACUGAUUCUUAUUAUCUAUCCGAUGUCAGAACAGGUCUUAUAGUGGCUAUCUUCAACAUUGGGUGUGCUAUUGGUGGCUUGACUUUGGGUCGUCUUGGUGACAUGUAUGGUCGUCGUAUUGGUUUAAUGGGCGUGGUCAUGGUUUAUGUUGUUGGUAUUAUAAUUCAAAUCUCUUCUGUCAACAAGUGGUACCAAUAUUUCAUUGGAAGAAUCGUUUCUGGCCUCGGAGUUGGUGGUAUUGCUGUCCUGUCGCCAACAUUGAUUUCUGAGAUUGCUCCUAAACACCUGAGAGGGACCUGUGUGUCUUUCUACCAACUGAUGAUCACUUUGGGUAUCUUCUUGGGUUAUUGCACAAAUUAUGGUACGAAAAAGUACUCCAAUUCUGUCCAAUGGCGGGUCCCAUUGGGUCUCUGCUUUGCCUGUGCUAUCUUCAUGGUUGCUGGUAUGCUGAUGGUGCCUGAGUCUCCAAGAUAUUUGGUUGAGAAAGGUAGAUUCAGCGAUGCUAGACGAUCCUUGGCUAGAUCAAACAAACUCUCAGUCGACGACUUGGGCGUGACGUGCGAAUUGAGUGCAAUUACCGCUGGUGUGGAAGCUGAAAGAGAAGCAGGCAAUGCCACCUGGGGCGAACUGUUCUCUGCUAAAGGUAAAGUUCUACCACGCGUCAUCAUGGGGGUGAUGAUUCAGUCCUUGCAGCAAUUGACCGGCAACAACUACUUCUUCUACUAUGGUACCACAAUCUUCAAGGCUGUCGGGCUAGAAGAUUCUUUCGAGACGGCUAUCAUACUUGGGGCUGUCAACUUCGCCUCCACAUUUGUCAGUUUAUGGAUCGUGGAAAGAUUUGGUCGUCGUAAAUGUCUCCUAUGGGGUUCUGCUUCCAUGGCGGUAUGUUUCGUCGUCUUUGCAUCUGUCGGUGUCACCAGCCUGUGGCCACAGGGAAGUCAGGCGCCUUCCUCCAAAUCUGCCGGAGACGUCAUGAUUGUCUUCACCUGUAUUUUCAUCUUCUGUUUUGCAACCACCUGGGCUCCCAUUGCAUAUGUCAUUGUUGCUGAGAGUUAUCCUCUGCGUGUCAAGAACCGUGCCAUGGCCAUUGCUGUUGGCUCCAACUGGAUCUGGGGUUUCCUCAUUGCCUUCUUCACACCUUUCAUCACCAGUGCCAUCAAUUUCUACUACGGUUACGUCUUCAUGGGAUGUCUGAUUUUCUCCUACUUCUAUGUCUUCCUCUUCGUUUGCGAAACCAAAGGUCUGGCUUUGGAAGAGGUCAACCAGAUGUACGAGGAAGGUGUCUUGCCAUGGAAGUCGGUCGACUGGCUACCAGCCGAGAGAAGAUCCUUGAGUUACGAUCCUGAAGCUGCCCACACUGAUGACAAACCAUGGCAUAAAAGGUUCUCUUGA